AUGGCGUUCCUCGGGUUGGAUGAGUUGGCGAUCUGGUUAAUCCCCAUUUCCGUCGCCAUAUUCCUGGUCCAACAAUACGCCUUUUAUCUGGUCCUUCUCUUCGUCUUCUACUUUGUGGCUGUUCGUUUGUUGGAGAAUAUUCCAUUGGGAAAUCUUCAGAACCGACCUGUUGUUAUCACUGGAUGUGAUUCUGGAUUCGGCUUCGGAUUGAGUUUGAAAUGUCUCAAGAAUGGCAUGCCAGUGUUCUCCGCUUGUUUUGAUGAAAAAGUAGGCUCCCUUACUGUAAUCUGGAAAAAUAUUCUGGUUAGGGAGAGAAGGGGCUGCGUGCUGAGGCCAAGAAGAUUCCCGGAGGCGAUAAACUUCUAGAAACCUUUGUUUUGGACGUGCGAAGUGACGAAUCGGUCAACAAAGCUCGAGAAUUCGUCGAGGGAAAGAUCGCCGAGAAAGGAUACAAAGGGCUUUGGGGUCUUGUUAACAAUGCUGGAAUUGGAGACAUGAGAGGAUGGGAUGACUGGCAGACCCCUGCCGUCUACCAGAGAUUCUGGGAAGUGAACGCUCUCGGAGUGAUCAGAACUACCCAUGCCUUCAAACAUUUGAUUAAGCGUACAAAAGGCCGAAUUGUAAAUGUGACCUCCAUUACUGGCAAGGUUCCCAUGCCAACAAUUGGUCCAUACAGUGUGUCAAAGAUGGCUGUCGGCGCUUACAGUGACAUCAUCCGUGCUGAACUCUGCCAGUGGGGGAUUAAAGUCUCCGUCUUGGAACCUGGGUUCUUCAAGGUCAGUAUCGAUUGUAAAUAACACGAUUUUUUUCUUCAACUAUUAUUUGUUGUAUUUCAGACUCCACAAGCAAAUCCUCAGGCCUCCUUGGAAGAUAGCGCCCGUGUUUGGGAAAGAACUCCUCAAAACGUCAAGGACGAAUAUGGAGAAGAAUAUGCUAAGUGGUGUAAGUCAAUCAAUUUCUGCACACCUUCGCUGUAAUGUCUCCCGCGUUUUGUACUAUGAACUUCAGAAUCAUCUCUUAACUAGAGAUCUGUCUAACAAAAUAGGGAAAAAUGACUUUUAAAGGUCAUCCUGACGGAAAAGCAAAGCUUUGUCAAUCAGUUUCGAUGAGAGACUACAUCUUUAUGUCUCUUCUUAUCAGCACCCGUUUAACGAUCAUUAAUUGCAAUCAUGCCUUUCAGCUAACCACAUUAUCACCGACUAUCUUGAAUACAAGUGUAAACCUGGUGCCCAUCUUGUCGUGGAGGCAUAUUACAAUGCUCUGACAUCCAUCUUCCCCCGAGGCCGCUAUCAAAUUGGAUAUGACUCCAUCUUCCAGUUUACUCCCUUUUCUUAUCUCCCAACAAGAUGGCAAGACUGGACCUUCCGCUACUACACAAAAUAUGUUGCUCGUCCCCCACCAACAAAAGUAGUCUAUUGA